AGUUUUUCAUUUUUUAACAUGGGCGACGAGCCCCCCGAUGACCCUGGAGGAACAGUGCCUUCAGUGGGCCUAAAUAUUGAAAUAUCCUCGCUUGAAGCUAGUGCAGUAGAUACGGAAGAUGGUGCCCGUAGUGAAGAUGGACGCAAAAAUAGGAAACGCAUUAAAACUUCCCGUAGACAUUCUGAGAAAAAAAGGAAAGAUAGUAAGGGUAACUUUGUCGAAAGCUCUCAUGAUGAUAUUACAGAAUAUAAUGCGAAUAUUAAGUAUACGGAAUUUGUUUCAUCUUUAUCUCAGGAUAAGUUAACAAACGUCACUGUUUCUAACAAACCUUCUACUCAAAUUCCUCCCACUCAGCCUCGGUAUCAGAAUAUAAGAAAAUAUGAGCGCACUGACAUCAGUCCGUAUGUGAUUCACGUAGUGAGACAGUCUGCUCCCGAAGAACGUGCUUCUUUACAUCCAGUGCAAUUUGGGAACAUUCUUAAAAAAAAUUCAGUUCCAAAUAUAGUGAAUGGAAGUUUAAAACGUAUUGGACGAAACAGACUUGCUCUAGCAUUUACUCAUUUCGAUGAUGCUAACAAUUUUAUUGAUAAUCCUUGUUUAGAGACUCAUAAAUUAAAAGCUUUCAUACCAACAUUUACUGUAACAAGAAUGGGCAUUGUACGAGGGGUCCCUGCUAGUUGGUCAGAGGAGGAAAUAUUGGACAAUGUUUCUGUACCUAUAGGAUGUGGAAAAAUAAUUAAA